AUGAAGCUAAGUGUGGCGUUGUUUUUUGCGGGGCUCUUUGGGGCUCUGGCUGCUGUGUUCAUCCUACUCUCUUUUGGAACUGAUUACUGGCUGCUGGCCUCAGAACGCUGCCACCCAAAUCCUGACGGAUCUGUUGGCCCAGGUGGUGUGACUGUGGAGCCUGGAGAUGUGGUAGUGCAGGAGGACAGCAGUGAUAUUACUCUGUACCAUGAGGGUUUUUUCUGGAGGUGUUCCUUUGGAGGCAAUAUGGGUGAUGACAACCUGCUAUGGAAGCUCUGGUUCACAAAUCAGCCACACUCAAAAGUAUGCAUGCACGCCUACCUCUUCCCGUUCCCAGUGUCUCACCAGACCCACAAUGCCACAGAGUAUGAUUCUGCCAUAAUCUACAGGGGCUUCUGGAGCAUCUUUAUGCUCAUUGGUGUGGCAGCUGUGGUGCUUGGUGGGUUCAUCAUCAUCUGUGCUGCUCCAUUCGCCAGCCAUCGCCUGUACAAAGCAGGGGGAGGCUUCUUCCUGGUAUCCGGUAUUUUCUUGCUGUGUGUGGUGGUGAUGUACAUCCUGUGGGUGCAGGUGCUGGAUGUGGUGGAUGUCUAUAUAGACCACCAGCGCUCAACACUGUGUCCAGAUUUCCACUUGUCCCUCAGCUACGGCCUGUCCUUCAUGUUUGCACCCAUUGGCAUCUUCUUCUGCCUUCUGGCUGGCCUUCUUUUCCUCCUCAUUGGCCGAACCAUCCAGAUUCACUACCACUGACUUUAACCAGCAGCGGGUUAGAGCAAGAGUAGGGUCUUGAGAUGUUUGAAACACCAGUGUUUUUUUUUUUUUUUUUUGUUAGAUUUUUUUUUUUUUUUUUACCAGCAGAACUUUGUUUUGUAAAAGCAGGAGUCUGUAGAUACUGUGUGGCAGCUUGGUGGUGGACAGCACUGGACAUUUUGUUCCAGGAUAAAAACAUUGCAGCCAUUGUUGAGCUCAAAAAUGUCAUCAUAAUCACUCCACCCUGAGCUACAUUCAGCUGAGCUUCGUUACAUACAGUUCUGUGCUAUCGAUAGAUGGUAGGCUUCAUGAGGAUCCCAUCAAACCUGAUCACAUACAAUAUAAAUAACUGUGGUGUAUAACCUUGUUGUCUAAAUCUUAUGUGUUGAUGGUUGUGAGGCUUAUGAGUGUAUAUUUUUGAAAAUGCAAAAUUACCCAAAACUGAAUGCUGAUGAUGAUUCAUUGAAGCAUCUUUUGAAUGCAUGGGAUUAUGUUCCCUGGUUGAAUAGCUAAUUAAAGUAUAUAUUUUACUUUGUGUAAUGUUUUGGAAAAAACAAAACGAUACUAAUAAAAAUGUGCAUAAUGACAAGCUUAUGAGGUGGCACAAUCAUUUUUAUAUUCUGUAUAUACAGUAAUGAGAGUCAGUGUUCUUGGAAAGAACGGAGGUCCAGCAGCCUUUUCUGUUUUCUAUAUUUUUGUUCUUGUCAACAAAUCAUGAAAAGUCCAACUAUUUACACUGACAAUGUAAACCUUUAAAAACAGAUCACUCGUUUUUUUUUUUUUUUUCAAAAAGGUCCUGAAUUAGGGGUUGACUGUAGUUUAUAAUUCAGUUGUUCAGUAAUUGUGGAUUAAAACAUGUUUGGUGCUUGUUGGAUUUUCUGAUACCAAGAAAAAUAUAGAAAAUCAUCUGACUUAUCCUGUAAUAUCAUCAAAUAUUCACAUUUCACUGAGUGUAUCAUGCUAAAUAUUUUCUUCUUUUUCUGCAAUAUUAUUUUAAUAUUUCUGUACAUAGAACAUUUUCGGUCAUUUUGUUCCAGUUUGACCAGUUUAUUGCUUCAAUGCUUUUAUUAUUUAUAAGUGAAGCUUGAAGCAUGAGUUACUUGCUUUUAUGUGACGUUUUCAUGUUCAUGUUAUGUGUUUGUUCUUUUACCAUCAGUCCAUUUUAUCUGUGAGUUAAGUAGCGUGUUGUGAGACUCUGACAAUAUACCUGUCCAAAUAAAAAGCACAUAUUUUCUGUGA